GCAGCCGCAGCGCUGGUGGAGGAACGCGCGGCCGCGAGCAAAGGAGGGAGGGAAAGAACGAAGAGAAGGAGGCGGGCGGGCAAGCAGGCGGGCGUGGGGGUCGGGGAUUGAGGCUGUAGAGCACCCGGCAGCCGCUUCGCGCUGUUUGCUGCGCGGGCUUUUGGAGGGGGCGGCUGUGGAGAAGCGGGCACCGGCGACGUUGGUGCUUGGCGCCUGGGGGCGGGGGACCCGAGUGGCGAGAAGGGGGGUCGCUGCGGUGGUUCUCCCUGUGGCGCUCUCCUCGCCUCUCUCCCGGCUCCGUGGACUCCUCCCGGCGUCUCCCUCGCCUCCGGGGCCCCGCUCCCCGCCCCCCGCGGUAUGUCUUGAUCCCGAGCAGCGGGUUUCAUGGGGCUCCUCAGGAUUAUGAUGCCGCCCAAGUUGCAGCUGCUGGCGGUGGUGGCCUUCGCGGUAGCGAUGCUCUUCUUGGAGAACCAGAUUCAGAAACUGGAGGAGUCCCGGUCGAAGCUAGAAAGAGCUAUUGCAAGACAUGAAGUUCGAGAAAUUGAGCAACGACAUACAAUGGAUGGACCUCGACAAGAUUCAUCUUUAGAUGAGGAAGAGGAUAUGGUGAUAAUUUAUAACAGAGUUCCCAAAACAGCAAGCACCUCAUUUACCAAUAUCGCCUAUGACCUGUGUGCAAAGAAUAAAUACCAUGUUCUUCACAUCAAUACUACCAAAAAUAACCCAGUGAUGUCAUUGCAAGAUCAGGUACGGUUUGUGAAGAAUAUAACUUCCUGGAAAGAGAUGAAACCAGGGUUUUAUCAUGGACACAUUUCUUAUUUGGAUUUUGCCAAAUUUGGUGUGAAGAAGAAGCCAAUUUAUAUUAAUGUCAUAAGGGAUCCUAUUGAGAGGCUAGUUUCUUAUUAUUACUUUCUGAGAUUUGGAGAUGAUUAUAGACCGGGAUUAAGGAGACGAAAACAAGGAGACAAAAAGACCUUUGAUGAAUGUGUAGCUGAGGGCGGCUCAGACUGUGCUCCAGAGAAGCUCUGGCUUCAAAUUCCAUUCUUCUGUGGCCACAGCUCAGAAUGCUGGAAUGUGGGAAGCAGGUGGGCUAUGGAUCAAGCCAAGUAUAACCUAAUUAAUGAAUACUUCCUAGUGGGAGUUACUGAAGAACUUGAAGAUUUUAUCAUGUUAUUGGAGGCAGCUUUGCCCCGGUUUUUCAGGGGUGCUACAGAGCUCUAUCGUACAGGAAAGAAAUCUCAUCUUAGGAAAACUACAGAGAAGAAACUCCCCACAAAACAAACCAUUGCAAAACUACAGCAAUCUGACAUUUGGAAAAUGGAGAAUGAGUUCUAUGAAUUUGCGCUAGAGCAGUUCCAAUUCAUCAGAGCCCAUGCUGUUCGAGAAAAAGAUGGAGACCUCUACAUCCUUGCACAAAACUUUUUCUAUGAAAAGAUUUACCCUAAAUCGAACUGAGUACAAGGUGUGACUAUUAAAUUCUUGAACUAGAACUUUGACCUCGUCUUCACCUUAGUUCUCAGCUUCACAACCUAGAUCACUGAUUAUAUGUAUAAGACCGUUUAUAUUGAGCUGAGUUAGGAAAAAGACAUUACCAUCAAGGAAUUAGAUACUGGCUGCUAUGUCAGUGUUCUGAGAAGUUUUGCGUUUCAGGCAUUUUUCUUUUUUUCUGUUUAAAUUUUGGUGAGAGUUAUAACCUCCUGCCUGGGGGGAAAAAGUUGCAUCACCUAAAAUAAACACAUGGCAGGUCUAAUCAAAAGACUAAAUACACUUUCAGGAAGGGUUCUGAUUCUUUUAUUUUGAUAAGCAUUUUUUCACUUAAAGAUGAAUCUAUUUGCCACUUCACCUCUACUGAAUAGUGUUAAUAACUGUUUGGCAGUAUGUGCUUUGUUUUUGUGAACCAUGUCUCAUGAAAUUUAUUGGAAUGUUUGAUCAUGUUUGCUAAGAAAUAUUUCUGCUGGAGUUGGACUUGCUCAUAUUUAUGUAGGUGGUUUUAAUUUUUUUUGUGUGUGUGAUCAUUAGUUUUAAAUCUCAAGUUAAACCAUGAAUGAUGCUAUAAAAGUUAAAGCAGUAUUUCUCAUUCCUGUCUUCCCAGUAUCUAAUAUUGGGAAGAUACUUCUAAGAAUGUUGGCAUUAUCUGAAGUUUUAGUUAAGACUUAAACACAUUAAUAUUUUAAAAAGCAGAUUUAGUAUUUGUUUCAUCAUGGGUUAUUUGUAUAGCUGUAAACUGAGAUAUUGGUGACUCCAUAUUAUGACUCCAUUAGUGAGCUGUGGUAUGGGUAGGAUUUUCCUACUUCUUCUGUACUUUUUCCUGUAGACUAUUUUUACUGAGGUGCUUUAUAAUGUGUUUUAAAGCAUUGCAUUUACAAAAACAAAAAAAAGGAAAAUGCUGUAAAUAUUGCAUAUUUUAUGUAUUUGGACCAAAAGGUUACAAGUAAUUAGACAAAGUGAUUUUGCACCAAUUUUAUUAUGUCGAGUAAAAAUCAUCAGGUCUACUGUUCUUGUAUUCUCAUUUAACUUUACUGUUAAGAUGUCACUGAAAUGAAUUUCAAUAACCUUUCAAUUUUGAUAGAGUACAUUAUUCAUUACGGGAGGCAGAAUACUGAAAAGAGUACUAAGACGAGGAGUCAAAAUUUUUUGAUUUCUGGUCCUUGUUCUGCAAUUUCCAGCUGUGUGAUCUUGAGAAGUCACUUAGCCUCUCUUUGCCUCAAUUUCCUCAUCUUGAAAUGAGGAUAAUAAUACCUGCUGUACCUACCUCACAGGGCUGUUGUGAGGACUAGAUAAGAUGGCAUGUUGAAAGCACUUUGAAAAUUGUAAAGUGAUAUAUAAAUGUAAGGUAUUAUUAUAGAAACAUCUUUAACAUAUAGUUUCAUACCAUUCAUUUUUUAAACAAAGAAAAGUCCACUUUUAAGCUUUGUGAAAAAAAAUUUAUCUUGAUAUAAAUUUGUGUUUGAUAAAUAUCUUCCCAGUGUUUUAUCUUCCAUGUUUCAACAACUAUUGAAAUAUGAAACAUCUGUGAACUCUUGAAGAUUCAUGAGCAGCUGAGCAGCUGCUUGAGUUCAGAAGAUUCCCUGUUGGAAAUAGACUUGGUUAGCUCACUAGAGAUAGGGAAACCUUGCUCUUCAAAGUUGAAAGAUUUUUUUUUUUUUUUUGGCUGUUAUUCUACAUUACCAUUCAAAAAUGGUAGCUAUUUUAUACCUAUGGUUUUUAAAAUAUAUUUUGCAGAGUUUAAUUUCCCAGUGCAUUCUUUACCUUCUUCCUCUUCUUAGAGUAACAGAGAUGAAGAAUUUUAGAAAUGUUUUCUAAAAGAAUAGUCUUUAAUAUGUUUAGUUUAAGUGAAUAUAUCUGAAAAAGGCUUCACCAAACUCAACAUGUUAGGCAGAUUGCCUUAGAGAAGUGUAGGGGAGGAAGAAGCACUAUUUAGCAGCAAACAUUUAUAAAUAGCUCAAGAAACACUAAAGGAAUGACAGAAUCAUUUUUAGCCUCUUUACCCCAAGUGAAGGGAAAUAUUAAGAGAACAUAGCCAGGCAUAUAUUGGGGGGGGGGGGGGUAUUCUUGUUUUAAAUUUAACUUUACACAUAUUUGCUGAAAACACAGAUUGUCCCACCACUCAAAAGUAAAACACCACUUCUAGUGGGGUGUUUGACAUUCACCCACUCAUGAACAACCCCAGGUUGUUCUUGGAGUACAUGCUAAAGCCUUCUUGAGGUGCAUUAACUCGUAACUAGAGUAGUUCUUAGUAAUACACAGAUCAGGGGGUCAGUAAACUACUUCUGUGAAGGACCAGAGAGUGAAUAAUUUAGGUCUUUGUUAUAACCACUCGAUUCUGUCAUUGCUGGAAAAAAAGAAAAGAAAAAGUACCUUAGUAUAGAAACAAAUGAACAUGGUUAUGUUCUGAGAAAACUUUAUUUACAAAAACAAAUGACAUACUAAAUGUGGUCCAUGAGCUACCAGCCCCUGCACUAGAAAAAUCAUUUAUGGAGAAAUCAUCUUUGUACCUGUACUCUAGAGGCCUAAAGGAGUUUAUAUACUUCCAAAAGCUCCUGGCUUAUGUCCAAAGAAUAACUUUCUGAUUCAUGCAGUCUCUCCCACAGAUUCAUAAACUUUUAUGUAUAUUGCUUCCUAGUGGGCAUGUUUUCUUUCCCAGGUUAACAGUUCAGAAUAGGGACAUAUAUUUUAGCAUUUUUUAGGGUGAGUUAGGAGUGUCCUUCCUGUAGAUUGAGAAAGGCAUAGAUUGAAUUCCAUCCGGUCCAGUACAGUCCUAGGAGUCUGAGUCCUUAUAAUACAUAACUUUAUAAUCAAAUAAAUAGAAUCACUGAGACAAUAUGUAUUUUUUUAAAGUGGCAAACGUGGUUUUCUUUUUUCAGCCUUAGUGCUUUUUCAGUAUUUUGACCAUAGGGAGAUAUUUUUUUUAUAAUACAAAAGCAAAUUAACCACUUUGAAUUUUAAAGAAAAUGUUAUAUGUGUAUGUGUAUAUAUAUCUAUAUCUAUGUUUAUUUCCUAAAAAGUACCUUUUUGUUCAACUUGUAUCGACUCCUGUUUUCUAAUUGCUGUGAAAUGACAACUUGAUAAAUUAUUGUGAUUGUUUUAAAAUGUAAUGGGGAGGAUAUAUUUUGGUUUUACCCAGCUUUAAUCUGUAAAGUAUCACUUAAAUAUAUCUGAUAGCAACACUUAAAAUAUUGCAUGGGAAUUACUUUUCUAUCAUCCAUAUGCAUUUGUGCAAUUUCUAAAAUAUUGGAUGCAUCUGAAUCCUUGAUGAUUGGAUUUAAACGAUUGAAAAUCAAAGAACUUAAAACUUGCUGACUUUUAAAUUUUUAAUUUUAUUCUCUAUUCUUAAAAUUCAGUUAAUGCCUAUAAUUAGAAAUCUAUUGUUCUUGUUCUUUAUAUGUCCUAUUGGAAAUUCCUAAAAUUUUAGUGCUGUCAGUAAUUUCCCAAACAGUAUUUUGAUAUUGCAGAUGAUUUGCUCAUUGUAUUUGCAUAGUUAGAAAGAAAAUAGUUUGUAGACAAUGAUUCUUUUUUAAUAAAAUGAAAUAAAAUUUUAAAAGCAUUAGAGAAUUUAACUAAAGACUGGUUCCCAAAUGCAUAGCUGGUAUUUUAAUUUAUAUUUAAAUUCUACAGAGAACAUCUGUGUAAAUCAUCUAGCUGGAUUUUCCCAUUGGUCAUUGUCAAACACACCUAUGGUCUCAGAAUCCUUUAUUAUGAGGAGCACCUGGAACUGUAACCUUUUAUGAAGUUUGUCUUUAAGAGGCCCAAGUGCUUCUGCUUUAUGAUUUGAAUGUUUGCCUCUUUUUAAAUUUAGUGCUAUUUACUCUGAGAGGAAGUGGGGCAGUUGCCGUUAAGUUUUUGCAUCCAUGUACCCAGUGCAAAGUUGUUGUGAACUGCUCUCCAGGCAGCUUCUUGAAGGGAAAGCAAUCCUGUUUCAAAUGCACUGCCAAUUCAGCUCCUCUGGAGCUUACUUUGAUUCCCUGGAGGGGGAAUUUUAGAAAUUGAAAUGAGUGACCAUUUAGUCAGAUUUAUCCUAUAAUUUAAAUUCAUGCAGCUUUGUGACCUUUGCAGGACUAUUUAUAAAAUGGCCGCUGAUGAUAAUGACCUCUUUAAAACAUUCUUGGUAAACCUGUGACAGACACACUGGUGCCGUCCAAAAAGACGGCUUUUGUAGCUUUCUUUUUAGAGUCAGUAUGUGAGUAUCUCUAAAGCUGUGUUCAAUGUAACUUAGAGAAACACAUUGUCUGUUUUGACUUUUCUUUUAUAAAUAGCUAAGCAGUGCCUUCCCUCCAUCACACGCAGUCCUCUUGGAAGAUGCUCAUUACUUCUUUUCCUGCCCUCCCCACCUGCCAGUUGAUUCAUUUAUGCAACUGUUUCCAACUUCAAUCCAUUUUGUCACAUCUGUUGGAGAGAUAAUCACUCCUUUUCUUUAACACUCUGCCAGCUUUCUGUUGUUGAAGUGUUUUAGUUGACUACCUGAUGCAAACGCUAUAAAAUAAACACUCAAUGGGAAGGGGAACAUGA